AUGGGCUCCAUCGCCUCAGACCCUGGCUCAAAAGACGAGCGGGCAAUCUUCUUCUUUGACAUAGACAACUGUCUCUAUCCGAAAAGCAAAAAGGUCCAUGAUCACAUGGCGGUGCUGAUCAACAAGUACUUUGUAACACACCUGAACAUGCCGACCGAGGAAGCCACACGCCUUCACCAGCAAUACUACAAAGACUACGGCCUCGCGAUCGAAGGACUUUCUCGACACCACCAGGUCGAUCCGCUGGAAUUCAACCGUGAAGUCGAUGACGCGCUCCCCCUAGAUGAUCUCCUGACGCCCGACGCCGGGACCCGGGCCAUCCUGGAAUCCUUCGACAAGACCAAGGUGAAGAUGUGGUUGUUCACCAAUGCCCACAUCACGCACGGCCGUAGGGUUGUCAAACUUCUCGGAAUCGAAGACCUCUUCGAGGGCAUCACGUACUGUGACUAUUCCCAAACGCCACUGGCACCCAAACCGCUUCCAGAGAUGUUCGAAAAGGCACUGCGAGAGGCCGGGGCAUCAAAGGAUACGGAGAUAUACUUCGUCGAUGAUUCGUUCCUGAACUGUCGAGCCGCCUACGAAAGAGGCUGGUUGAACACAGUCCACUUCGUCGAGCCCAGCGUUCCCGACCCUCCGCAGAAAGCGAGCCAACAUCAGAUCAGCCACCUUCGAGAGCUCUUAGGACUGUUCCCGGAAAUCGUCAAGGACACGAAACAAGUGUUAAAAGAUCCAAAAGAAUUAGACUGA